AUGGGAUCAUUAAGGUCCGGAAAGUCCAGUGACAGGGUUAGGGAAAGUAGAAGGACCAUGCUGGAGACAGAGGAGCUUGGUGUUUCAAUUCUUCAAGAUUUGCAUCAACAGCGGCAGUCUCUCUUACACACCCAUGACACGCUUCAUGGAGUGGAUGAUAACAUUGGCAGGAGUAAGAAAAUUUUAACCAACAUAUCAAGAAGGAUGAGCAGGAACAAGUGGAUUAUUGGCUCCAUAAUCGCAGUCCUUGUCGUUGCUAUCAUCUUGAUCUUGUACUUCAAACUUUCCAAAUAGACAAAAUGUCCUUGACUUAGUUUGUGAGUGUUUCGGAUAAACAUGAGUUUGUUGUUCUCAUUUGCUGUUUAUUUCUCUGCAACAGUGAGUUUUGACAUUCAUUUGAUCAAUAAAAAGAAGUUGUGCCUCGUCUAUUUUA